AUGGCUACGACAACCAACACCCUACUUACAGAAGCACACGAUCUUCAAGCCACCUGUCCAGACACCGCUCGAGCAUCCCACGAGUCUAGAGUAUGGGAUGGCCCAGGCCGUACGAUCGAUGAGCCUUCCGUACCAAAAUCCUCGAAUGUCCGCAUAGCCACAACUAUAGUGCAGCUUGCGAGUAUAAACCUACUCUCAAGCUUUACAAAUGGUGUUAUCACGGUCGGCCUCCCUACUAUAGCUCGGGAUAUUAGUCUCGCUCGAGAGCUGUACCUCUGGCCGAUCUCCGUUUUUGGGCUAACAUGUGGCUCGAUGCUGCUUAUGGCCGGGUCCAUUGCAGACGUGGUCGGGGCACGCCGAGGUGAGCUUGUAGGCUGCUUCAUGUUGGGCGUCUUCAGUCUCGCGUGCGGCCUAGGUCACACCGAGAUACGACUGACUCUGUUCAGAGCGUUCCAAGGGGUCGCCAUGGCCAUUCACCUUCCAGCCACGGUCUCCAUAGUGACUGCCACAAUCCCCAAGGGCAAGGCAAGAAAUAUGGCCUUUGCGGCUUUGGGAUUCGCUCGGGACAUUGGUUACUCCGUUGGUCUCGUCCUCGGUGGUGUCUUGAUUCAAACCAGCGGUUGGAGAUUGAAUUUUUAUCUCGCAGGAGGAGCGAUGCUGAUUAUCGCUACCGUGGCCGUUUGGGGUCUACCGAAGGAGAAAGAUAUAAGCAGUAUUAUAAUAAGUGGUGGCCUCGCACUACUGACUUAUGUUCUUGCAGUAAUAAGCGCAGACCUUGCCUCUGUACGAUCGGCUUCAACAAGUGCUCUUCUUGCGACGAGUCUGGUACUCCUGAUUGCAUUCCCCUUCUGGAUGAGUUAUAGAGAGCGUCAUGGAAAGCCGGCACUGAUUCCCAACUCCUUGUGGAAGCAUGCAUCCUUCGCAAGUACCUGCGUUAUACUCGCGAUGUCCAACGGUGUCGUCAUCGCAAUGGAGCUCUUUUCCAGCCUUUACUUUCAGGAGAUUCAAGACGCAGGUACGUUCACAACGUCGUUACAGCUACUCCCAAACGUGGUCGUGGGUGUCGUCAUCGGUCUCAGCUGUGGCCUUUUCGUGGACAAGGUAGCCGCCGGGUGGUUGGUAACUCUCACGUCUAUCCUGUGCGCUUGUGCCCCGCUUCUUAUGGCUGUCAUGGACCCAAAAUGGACCUACUGGUAUGUGGCAUUCUGGGCACAAGCCUUAUCUCCAUUCAGUGUAGAUGUACUGGUCACUGUCGGCAUGCUUAUUGUCUCCGAUGUCUUCCCGGACACGUCACAGGCGUUGGCAGGAGCAGUCUUCAACACGGUCGGGCAGUUUGGACUGAGUUUUGGUGUUGGUCUGUGCCAGCUGGUAGCCUCAGCCGUCACGGGUAACCAGGGGCAAGCAGAGAGUUCGGAAUUGCUGGAAGGUGACACUUUGCUUCGAGGCUAUCGGGCAAGUUUCUGGACAAUGCAUGGUUUCAUGUUACUCUGCACAAUAGUCGCCCUUUUUGGAUUGAGGAGGGUCGGUAAAGUGGGAUUGAAGCGAGACUAA